GGGGGGGGGGAGGGGGUGGAGAAGGACAAAACUGGGGAGAAACGGGCUAAGGAGACGUCUUCUGAGCUGCUCUUCGUAUGUGCAGUUCAGCAUUUUGGUUAUGGCCUGUUGCUUGGUGUGUAAAACUUCCCAGUAACAAGUAGCUAAAUUUGCUUAGCUUAUGUUAACAUAUGUAAGCAGUGCUGUGUUUUUUCUUUGCCCCCAUGCACACUAAGCAGCGUGAGCAAGCACAGAUUCGUCCUUAUUUUCAUAUUCAAACAAAACACUGCUGCUUAUGGGGAGGAACUGACCUCUUACCAAACCCCUUUGUCUUCAUCUGGAUGUUUUUCAGCUUGCUCAGCUUUCCAGAGAGAGACAUUGCUGAGACUUUCCGUGUCUGCAAUGUCUUCACAGAGUUUUUUCCUCCUUCCCUGAUGAACCUUCCACUCUGCUGGCUGGGGUACCCUCCUGUGCUACAGGGCAUUUUGCAUGCAGAUUAUGAAGGAAAACAGACCGGUGUUUAAACGGCACGGAGAGGCUGAGGGAAAUGAUGCUCUAGAAAAUGCUUUCAUUCCUGCCACUUGGCAGGGCUGCCCUGGAUCGUAUUUUACGAGGAAAACCUUCUUGAGUACAGCAGUUCCUGUGUUCAUCACUGCCCUAAUGCCAGCUGCUCUGAGAUCCUUCUUUACAUUUUUUCUCAAAUCCUAUAACGAUGAAACCAUAGCCCCAGCCGUAGAGGUAACAUUGUGGUUUCAGCCAUUUCUGCUUGCUGCCUGUUUUUGGUGGCUUCAAACACAACUGAGUCUUUGAAAUAUUUUACUACUAAAUAAUAAGGCAGGGUAUUUUAUUCAUAGAAUCAUAGAAGGCUUUGGGUUCAAAGGCACCUUUAAGAUCAUCUAGUUCCAACCCCCCUGCUAUAGGCAGGGACAAGCUGCCACUAGAACAGAUUGCUCAAAGCCCCAUCCAACCUGGCCUUGAACACCUCCAGGUCUGGGGCAUCCACAACCUCACUGGGCAACCUGUUCCAGUGUCUCACCAUCUUCACGGUAAAGUGUGUCUUAAUAUCUAGUAUCUAAUAUCUACCCUCUUCCAGAAUGAAGCCAUUUCCCCUUGUUCUGUUGCUGCCUGCCCUUCUUAAAAGUCCAUCCUCAGCUUUCCUGUAGGCCCCUUCAGGUUCUGGAAGGCCGCUAUGAGGUCUUCUUGGAGCCUUCUCUUCUCCAGGCUGUAGAGCCACAACUCUCCCAGCCUGUCCUCAUAGGGGAGGUGCUCCGGCCCUCAGAUCAUCUUCAUGGCCCUCCUCUGGACCUGCUCCAACAACUCCAUGUCCUUCUUGUGUUGGAAGCCCCAGAGCACUGAACCUAGAUGCAGUGCACCAGGUGGGAUCUCACGAGAGCAAAGUAGAGGACAGAAUCACCUCCCUUGACCUGCUGGUCAUGCUUCUCUUGAUGCAAUCCAGGACAUGGUUGGCCUUCUGGACUGCAGGUGCACAUUGCCAGCUCAUGUUGAGUCUUUCAUCAACCAGUACCCCCAAUUUUUUCUCCUUAGGGAUGCUCUCAAGCCAUUCUCCACCCAGCCUGUAUCCGUGCUUUGAUCUUAUUGCUAAGGAGGGGUGCAAGCUGUCUACUAAGCGUAAAAACAGUGUCUCAGGACUGGUACCUAAAAACAAUAAUUUCAUUUGCUUGCACAGAGCACCAGUGAAAGUCCUGAAGAGAUGCCUGAGAGUCCUGUAGCUUCUCCUUUUGCCAAAGUCUUCAGAAACAGGGCUGGUCUUGUCUCAAGAGGGAGAUGCAUGACCUCUCCAGGCCCUAUUCAGUCCUAAUAUUCCUUAAAUACUACAUGUAGCUGCUUAGUCUUUGAAAAACAGUAUGUGCCUUCACUUAAAAAUAAACAGACUUUGAUGUAAAACUUGGGUUGUAUCGUUUGAUGUGCAUUCAGGCACAAAAGCUUUUCAAGUUCGCUGGGUUUGAUUCAGCAAUAUCAGUUGUUCCAAACCCAGAUCCUUGCCCCCUUCUCCUGCCUCACUGUCUUUCUUCUAAUCGCUUUCAGUUCUGGAGUAAGAAUAAUAAUAUUUUAGAUCAAAGAGAUGUUCCCUCUAAGCUCUUCAAGAUAUCUGCAUCCAAAAGCAGGUCUGCUUUUGUUUUUAUUCCUAACAGUACUGCUUGGUCCGAUAAAAGAUGUGCUCCCUCUCCCUAGGAGCCUUGCUUUGUUUCUGUAGACCACGAUAGCUGCCACAAAACUUCAUCAAGUUUUUUGUUGGUGGUGUUUUUCAGUUUUCAUUUUGUGCAGUAAACUGCAUUUGUCAGCUGCUAGCCAUUUUUUUCUUCUUUUUUUUUUCUAAAUAUACGGGCAGCUGUCUACUUACAGCCACAAUGUGUCUAAGAAAAGCUCAGGCUGUUUGCAAUACCCAAAGCAGCUGCUUUGCUUUUCUGAUUGGCCACCUGAUUGCAUUGCAAAGUGUACAUCUUAAUGCCCUUUAUGAAGGAAAUCAGUCAUGCUCAUUUACACUUGAUAUCCAUAGGAAACCUUAGGCAUAAAUAUUAUGAUUUGCCCCAAAUUGCUUAGCUGACUGGGGUGAAAGCAAUCCCCAAGCUGUGUCUCUUCAACACUUGUUGGACAGGGCACUAGUCUGAUAACGAAUCUGUGAUGUCCAUCCUCAAAGUGCUCUUUCUGUUUCUCCAGUGCUGACACAGCAAAAUGUAGGUGAAAAAUCCAGUUUCAAUUGGGAAAGUAUAAAUAAGUCCUGGGGACACUUCACACUGAAUAUAAACUGUAACAGGCUGCAUUGGUUUUGUAUUUGAAGCUGAUCCCAAUUGUGUAGAACAUGUACCUAAUCACUGUGAGAAUGAAGAGCUAGAAGUGAACCUCUGCCAAAGUGCUCUUUUUUCUUCCAGAAGUUAUUUUUAAGUGUUUGCUGUGAAGUGGUGAGGAUGAAGGCUUAAACUGUUCCUCUGGAUUUUCUUCUUUUUUUUUUUUUUUUUAAGUUGUUGCAUCUCUUGUAGACUUCUGUAGGUCCUGGCAUGUCGCAUCUGCCACUGCAUGUCACGCAGGAUUUCAGAAGCUGUCGGCUCUUUUGCCUUACGGUCCCUCCAUCCCUCUGGGUCUGUCCUUUUCAAGUCUUGGAGCUGAGAAGCAGCCGACUUAGUCACUGCUUGGGUUAGAAACUCCGACUGAAAAGCUGCCCAGAGCACAAAACUCAGUGCUUUCUUCAUCUGUGCUGCUGUCAAAGCUCAACAAAGGUUCCGAAUCUUUGCCUGUGAAGGGGAAGCCUUCAUUUGAUACUGUACCCAUCAGUAUCCCAUCAGUACGGGGAUAAAUCCUCCGCACAUCGUGACUGCUCUGAAGUUGUGACUAAAAAUACAGUUUCAUCUGCAUUUGCAGAUUCCCUUUUUCCCACAACUUUGGCAGAAGCGUUAGCCACCAAGUCCCAGCACAACUCCAUCUUUCCUCUCAUUUGGCAGAUGCAUCCAUGCCGCUGUCCUGCAUCCAGGAGCAGCGAGAAGGCAAUUCAUGUACUCAGAGCAAUGUUUCCUUGCUUUUAGGGAAAGGUGGUCCUUCCCCCAUCUUUGAGGCGAAGAGCGUUACUUUUUUUAUGCACGUGUGCUAUGUGUAUGAUCAUAAACGAGCACUGAUACUCUCUGAAGGAUUCAACAGGGAGAGGUAGAGGUUUUAGUGCUGUCCAAUACAUGCAUUGUGCCCAAAUGCACGCUUUGCAGUUGGACACUGAACAUUGCUACCAAAAAGAGCAGAACAUGUUUAAAUCUUUCUUGAGAGCUGUUCAGUUAAUCUGCUGGAUUGGACACUUGCCUUCAGGUCUAAUCAUGGCAGUGAUUCUGCCCAGCUUUGCUGCUAGAAGGCUAUUUUGUGUUACUGAUCCAAUGAGUAUGUGAAUGUUUCCGUGUGGCACCAGAGAACCACUGAGGGCUGUAAAGGUGUAGCAUGCUUUUGACUCCAGCUUUAACCCCGAGUGCUAACGUGGAAAUUAAUAUCACAAAACUGGAGCCAAACUUAACCCCUGAAUGGUUGAUCUGGUGUGAGGAGUAUAUAUAUACACGUACAGGCUUGAUUUUCUGAUAAUGCAAUUUAGGAAGAUGACAUUCUUUCUAAAGGUUGUAGAGGUUGGACUGUUGCAGAGUUCAUCCAAGGCAUUGUUCUCUACUACACAAAUCACUGUUUCAGUGGGCAGCAGGAGAGCUACAUACUGCAGAGAUUACAGCUACAGCCAGACCAAGUCAGUCACCAAUGCAAACUUGUGUCACCACGUUAGAUUUCACAGUUUAAAAACAAGAGGGGAGAAAGAUCUGGCUGUCAUCAAGGUGUCCACAUGGUGGCACACUUAUUCCAUGGACAAAAAAAACCCAACAUCUCCUGCCCCAAUCUAUUGGCUGUGAUCUUUAACAUUUGUAAUAAAAAAGCCAGUGGUCAUUGAAGAUCUGACCUGCACACAUGUAAGUACUGAGUGCCCCUUCUGUGCUGUUAUGUCUCCACUUUUGAGGCUCGGUGACUUUUUAAAUUAUGUAUUUUCUUUCUGUUUCCUCUCUGUGACCUUGUAUGAAGAAGAUGCUUUUACAUUUGUGGCUGACCUUUUAGGUUUUGUCAAGUGCUGUGUAUAUUUACUUUUGUUGUUCUCUGUGCUAGAAACACCAUGGUGCUCUCCCAUUAAGGUGAAACAUGGUUAUGCAAACUGCAGGACACCUCAAGGGGAAUAUUACAAGAACGUACUGGGGACAAGAUGUGAUAUUCGUUGUCAAAAAGGCUAUGAACUGCAUGGCCCUCAGCAGCUCAUCUGUCAGUCGAGCAAACGCUGGUCUGGGAAAGUGCUGUGCAAACAGAAGCGCUGCCCCACACUCUCCAUGCCAACCAACGGGGGCUUCAAGUGCUUGGAUGGUGCCUACUUUGGCUCCAGGUGCGAGUACUACUGCUCACCAGGGUACCAGCUGAAAGGCGACCGCAUAGUGACAUGCAUGGACAACAAAGCUUGGAGUGGCCGGCCAGCUUCCUGCGUGGAUACGGAACCUCCGAGAAUCCAGUGCCCAAGUGUGAAGGAGAAGAUUGCGGAGCCCAACAAGCUGACGGCCAGAGUGUUCUGGGAUACCCCGGAGGGAAGGGACACCGCUGAUGGGAUUUUGACAGAUGUUAUUUUGAAAGGCCUGCCACCAGGGUCACAUUUUCCAGAAGGCGACCACAAAAUCCAGUACACUGUGUAUGACAGAGCUGAAAAUAAGGGCACUUGCAAAUUCCUUGUUAAAGUCAGAGUCAGGCGCUGUGUGAAAUUAAACGUUCCAGAUAAUGGCUACAUCAAGUGUUCAGGUGAUGGAAAUAACUAUGGUGCUACGUGUGAAUUUUCAUGCAUUGGAGGCUAUGAGCUGCAAGGCAGCCCAGCUAGAGUGUGCCAGUACAAUUUGGGGUGGUCAGGAGUGGAGCCAACCUGUGCACCCAUGAAUAUUAAUGUGAAUGUGAGGACUGCAGCUGCACUUCUGGAUCAGUUUUAUGAGAAGCGGAGACUGCUAAUUAUUUCAACUCCUACUGCAGCCAACUUCUUCUACAGGAUGCAGUUGGGAAUGCUGCAGCCAGCACAGUGUGGCUUAGACCUCCGACAUGUUACUGUUGUUGAGUUGGUUGGUAUCUUCCCAGCACAGAUAGGAAGAAUAGGUGUAAAGCUGCUGCCCCCUUCACUUGCACUGCAACUCAGGUUGUUGCUGAGGAUCCCCCAUUAUAAUUUCAACAUUGUGGUGAUGGACAAGCAUGGAAUGGACAAGGAACGCUAUCCUUUCCCGGCAACACCAGCUGAGCUCUUUGCACUUAUUGACAAUUUCCCCUUGAGAAAAGAAGAGAUGAAACUGCAAGCAGAAAUUGGCCAGUCAUGUCCUUAAUUCACAAUUGCAGGGCUAGCAUUUUGCUAGUGAAUUUUUUAUCCAGAUAAUUCUUCCCUUGGUGCUACAGAAAGCAUGGCUUUUUAAUCACUGAUGUACAGAGUUGUUGUGUGUAUCAUUAUGUCUGUGUAGCUGCUCUGCAUGGGCGUAUGCAUGAUGCUUUUUUGUACUUUCAAAGAGUAUCUUUAGAGAAAUGUGUACGUAGGAUUACUACCCAAUAGAACUGCUUGUACAGACAUCAAAGAACUGAGAUACGUCUCCUGGGGUUUAUUUUGGAUUUUUCAUUCAGUGUAAAAUUCUUUCUUCUGUUUUAUAAGUCUUUUAUUAAUAAAAUAUUGUUUUGCAAAGAAA